GCUGCGGGGCGCGCGGGCCGGCGCUUCCUGAAGCAGUCUCCACCUCCGCAGCCUGGGCGGGAGCGGUGAGCGGCGACCGCGGGCAGCCAGGGCUGCCUCGGAAGAAAGGAGAAUGGCGUUCAGCAAAGGAUUUCGGAUCUAUCACAAAUUGGAUCCUCCACCUUUCAGCCUCAUAGUGGAAACCAGGCAUAAGGAAGAAUGUCUCAUGUUCGAGUCUGGGGCUGUAGCUGUGCUCUCAUCAGCAGAAAAAGAAGCAAUCAAGGGUACAUACUCCAAAGUUCUAGAUGCCUAUGGACUUUUAGGUGUUUUACGAUUAAAUCUUGGUGAUAUUAUGUUACAUUAUCUGGUCCUCGUCACUGGAUGUAUGUCUGUUGGAAAAAUUCAAGAAUCUGAAGUUUUCCGAGUUACUUCCACUGAAUUUAUAUCACUACGAAUCGAUUCUUCAGAUGAGGAUCGCGUUUCAGAAGUGCGAAAAGUGUUGAAUUCAGGAAACUUCUAUUUCGCAUGGUCCGCAUCUGGAGUCAGUUUGGAUCUGAGUCUUAAUGCCCAUCGUAGCAUGCAAGAACAUACAACCGAUAAUAGAUUUUUCUGGAAUCAGUCUUUGCACUUGCAUCUCAAGCACUAUGGUGUGAAUUGCGAUGACUGGUUAUUACGCCUCAUGUGUGGGGGAGUAGAAGUCAGAACAAUUUAUGCUGCUCAUAAACAGGCAAAGGCUUGCCUCGUUUCCAGGCUAAGCUGUGAACGAGCUGGGACCAGGUUCAAUGUCCGGGGAACAAAUGAUGACGGUCACGUCGCCAAUUUUGUAGAAACAGAACAGGUUGUGUACUUAGAUGACUGUGUUUCUUCCUUCAUACAAAUCCGGGGGUCUGUCCCAUUGUUCUGGGAGCAACCAGGGUUGCAGGUGGGAUCUCAUCGUGUUCGUAUGUCAAGGGGGUUUGAAGCCAAUGCACCUGCUUUUGACAGGCAUUUUAGAACACUUAAGAAUUUAUAUGGUAAACAAAUAAUAGUAAAUUUGCUUGGAUCUAAGGAAGGGGAACAUAUGCUAAGUAAGGCUUUCCAGAGUCAUUUGAAAGCUUCUGAACAUGCAACUGAUAUCCAGAUGGUGAAUUUUGACUAUCAUCAAAUGGUUAAAGGAGGAAAGGCAGAAAAAUUACAUAGUGUUCUUAAACCUCAAGUCCAGAAGUUUCUGGAUUAUGGAUUUUUUUAUUUCAAUGGAAGUGAAGUUCAAAGAUGCCAAAGUGGUACAGUUCGAACAAACUGCUUGGAUUGUCUUGAUAGAACCAAUAGUGUACAGGCAUUCCUUGGCUUAGAGAUGCUAACUAAACAAUUGGAAGCUCUCGGCUUAGCUGAAAAGCCUCAGCUGGUGACUCGCUUUCAAGAAGUUUUUCGAUCAAUGUGGUCUGUGAAUGGUGAUUCAAUCAGUAAGAUUUAUGCAGGAACUGGAGCUCUUGAAGGAAAGGCUAAGUUAAAAGAUGGUGCUCGUUCUGUUAGUAGAACAAUUCAGAAUAACUUCUUUGACAGCUCCAAGCAAGAGGCCAUUGAUGUUUUGCUACUGGGAAAUACUUUAAAUAGUGAUUUAGCUGACAAAGCUCGAGCCCUUUUAACUACUGGAAGUUUGCGUGCAUCUUCUAAAGUUCUAAAGAGCCUGUGUGAGAAUUUCUACAAGUAUUCAAAGCCCAAGAAAAUUCGAGUAUGUGUGGGCACCUGGAAUGUGAACGGCGGGAAGCAGUUUCGCAGUAUAGCUUUUAAGAAUCAGACCCUCACCGACUGGCUUCUCGAUGCACCCAAGUUAGCCGGCAUCCAGGAGUUUCAAGAUAAAAGAAGUAAACCAACUGAUAUAUUUGCCAUUGGUUUUGAGGAAAUGGUAGAGUUGAAUGCUGGAAACAUUGUGAGUGCAAGCACAACAAAUCAGAAGCUCUGGGCCGUGGAACUUCAGAAGACCAUCUCCAGAGACAACAAGUACGUGCUGCUCGCCUCCGAGCAGUUGGUGGGCGUCUGUCUGUUUGUUUUUAUCAGACCGCAGCAUGCUCCGUUCAUCAGGGAUGUUGCAGUUGAUACUGUGAAGACUGGAAUGGGAGGCGCAACUGGAAAUAAGGGAGCGGUCGCAAUACGAAUGCUGUUCCACACCACAAGCCUCUGCUUCGUCUGCAGCCACUUUGCCGCAGGACAAUCGCAGGUCAAAGAACGAAAUGAAGAUUUUGUGGAAAUCGCGCGGAAGUUGAGUUUUCCAAUGGGGAGGAUGCUGUUCUCCCAUGACUACGUAUUUUGGUGUGGUGAUUUCAACUACCGAAUCGAUCUUCCUAAUGAAGAAGUGAAAGAGCUCAUAAGACAGCAAAAUUGGGAUUCUCUUAUAGCAGGAGAUCAGCUUAUCAACCAGAAAAAUGCUGGACAGAUUUUUAGAGGAUUUUUAGAAGGAAAAGUAACCUUUGCUCCAACAUAUAAAUACGAUUUGUUUUCUGAUGACUACGACACCAGUGAAAAGUGCCGCACCCCUGCGUGGACAGACCGUGUCCUCUGGAGAAGAAGGAAGUGGCCUUUUGAUAGAUCAGCUGAAGAUUUAGAUCUCCUAAAUGCUAGUUUUCAAGAUGGAAGCAAAAUCCUCUACACGUGGACUCCUGGCACUUUGCUGCACUAUGGAAGGGCCGAGCUGAAGACUUCUGACCAUAGGCCUGUCGUUGCCCUGAUUGAUAUCGAUAUAUUUGAAGUGGAAGCUGAAGAGAGGCAAAACAUUUAUAAAGAAGUAAUUGCCGUUCAGGGUCCACCAGAUGGUACGGUGUUGGUCUCAAUCAAAAGUUCUCUACCAGAAAAUAAUUUUUUUGAUGAUGCUUUGAUUGAUGAACUUCUGCAACAGUUUACACAUUUUGGUGAAGUUAUACUCAUAAGAUUUGUAGAAGAUAAAAUGUGGGUUACAUUUUUGGAGGGAAGCUCUGCCUUGAGUGUUCUGAGCCUGAAUGGUAAAGAGUUAUUGGGUCGGACUAUAACUAUUACUUUAAAGAGUCCAGACUGGAUCAAAACUUUGGAAGAAGAAAUGAGUUUAGAGAAAAUCAGCGUCCCCUUGCCGUCCUCAACAAGCUCCACCCUGCUGGGUGAAGACGCGGAGGUCGCGGCCGACUUUGACAUGGAAGGUGACGUUGAUGACUACAGUGCUGAGAUAGAGGAGCUCCUUCCUCAGCAUCUCCAGCCGUCUUCCAGCUCGGGCCCUGGUGCUUCCCCAAGUUCUUCACCCCGGACCAGCCCCUGCCAGUCACCCACCAUAUCAGAGGGGCCUGUGCCUUCCCUUCCCGUGAGACCAAGCCGAGCCCCAUCAAGAACACCUGGGCACCCAGCUUCACAAAGUACUUCUUCGGUAGGUUCUCCUGUUGACACUCUGCUAGCAGCACAACUGCAGCAGAAGGAUUCUUCCCAGCCCCUGGAACCCAGGCGGCCUCCCCCUCCCCGCCCGGUUGCUCCUCCUGCGCGUCCAGCGCCCCCACAAAGACCGCCUCCGCCUGCAGGGUCUAGGAGUCCUGCACCUACUAGAAAAGAAUUUGGAGGUAUUGGAGCCCCUCCCAGUCCUGGGGUAGCUAGGCGAGAGAUGGAAGCACCCAAAAGCCCUGGAACGACACGGAAAGAUAAUAUAGGACGCAGCCAGCCUUCACCUCAAACAGGACUCACAGGCCCAGGACCUGCUGGGUACAGUACAGCCAGACCGAUUAUUCCACCCCGUGCCGGAGUGAUCAGCGCCCCCCAGAGCCAUGCUCGGGUGUCUGCUGGAAGACUGACUCCUGAAAGCCAAAGCAAACCAUCAGAAGUGCUCAAAGGGCCAGCUCUUCUUCCUGAACCACUGAAGCCUCAGGCCGCCCCUCCCGUGCAGCCUUCUCUGGCCGCGCCGCCGCUGGUUCAGCCGAUGCGGGAGCCUCUGGUCCCGGUGGCCACGCCUACGCCUCCGGCCGCCCCGCAGCCGCCCCCUCGGAGCCGGUCCUCCCACAACUUGCCUUCCGAGCCGUCGGUGCAGCCGCAGGUAAAAACAAACGGGGUCUCCGCCCUCAGGCUGGACUCGCCAUUAAAGACUGACCCAUUUGAAGACCUGUCAUUGAACCUGCUUGCUGUAUCAAAGGCUCAGCCAUCUGUUCAAACCCCAAACCGAAAGGGGUUGAUUCCAUUGCCUUCUGUAACCCCAAGUACCAUGAAUACUUUGAGUUCUGCAAGCUGCAUGCCGACAAUGCCUCCAAUUCCAGCCCGGAGCAAAUCCCAGGAAAACACGCGAUGUUCUCCAAACCCAUUCAUUGAGAGCUCAGGCAGCACAAAUCUUUCCACCGACAGGACUGCUGCUCCCAGAAACCCCUUUAGAGCUGAAUCUCAAGACUCAGAGGCCACUUCGUGGUUCUCCAAAGAGGAGCCCGUCGCUCAGAGUCCUCUCCCUUCUCCGAAGCCUCUCGGACGGAACAGUAGCAAGCCUUCAUCUUCACUGCAUGGCUUUGAGGACAGUUUUGAUCCGCGGGGCCCACCUACACUGAAAAGCAGCAACCCAAAAGGAUGGGUAACGUUCGAGGAAGAAGAGGACUUUGGUGUGACAGGGAAGUCAAGGCCCACUUGUCCAGACCUACUGGGUGAUCAGCCGAGUUCGUCUUCUGGCUCCAAGGUGACCUUUAGUGAUGUCUGGAAUAAAGGCACCAGUGUCUCUUUCUGUGUGUUGCCGGCAAGAAGACCACCUCCGCCUCCUGCCGCCCUGCUCCCGCCUGGCACCACCCCUCCAGCAGACCCUGGCACAGCCUUGGCCUCUAAGGCAUCACCCACGCUAGACUUUACAGAAAGAUAACGUUAUACAGUAGAAAGCAGUUGUUUUUUUAGUUUUGGCAGGGUAGAGCCGAAAGAAUUGGGCAUUCGUUAUUCAUUAUGUGCAAUAAGUAAUUGUUAAGUGCACUGAUGUUGUCAUGAAAUACCACUAUUUAAUGUGUACAAAGUUGGAAUAUGUGUAUAUUGGAAAUAAGGAAAAAUCUUUCUCAUUAUUAACUGGAAUUUUGGUGUGUUUCUGUUUGGAUAAAUACGAGACAGUAGAAGCCAUAAAAAGUGCUCGGAACUACUUUAGAAAAGAGUCCUUAUUCAGAAAUUCUUUGUCAGUCUCCUUUACAGAAUCUCAAAAAGCCCAAACGAUUUCUAGCUGACAUUACUGCCAGGCCCUUUUGUACUUGUUAAAAAUUGGUAUUUAUAGAUAUUUACCAAAGAGCUGUCAAACUUAUACUGAAACAGAAUUUAGAAGGACAUUGCUUAAAGAAACAAAUAUAUGUGUAUACACACAAAUAUAUACACUUACAUAUUUGUAAAACACAUAAAUUCUAAAUCAGACCAAAUUUUUACCCCAAAAUUCGAACAUAGUUCUUUCAAUAUUUCAUUAUCUAAAGGAUGGCUGAAAAUGAAAUUUGGACAUUUCGUUACUUUUCUUUCUAAAACUAGAAUGAUCUCACUAGGGAACCAGAAUCCACCACCGUUCCACACCCACCGGCGUCUGACACGCACACCGCGCACCCCCUUGUUACGUCCUACUCCAGCACGUCAGCCGGCUUUUCCGGGGGAGGAGCUUCUUGCAGCCAGAAGCGGCGUAGUGUGUGGUUACAGCCGGUCACGUGGACCGACUCUCUCCCCGCCCCCGCCCCCGCC